CUAAAUCAGCAUCAACAACGCCUCCUCCUUUCUCUUCUUCACCGAAUCCCUCUCUUCCAUCUAACUGCAUUCUCCACAACCAUUGCCCCCUCCAACCCACCAUUAAAAAACAAUGGCCAAGAUCUCCGAUCAUUCCCUCCCCCAACAACAGCAUGCCGCGAUCGCCGCCGCUCGUCCCAAGGAGAAAAGGCGGUGGAGCUUCGUCAAAUCCUAUAACGAGAAAAGGACCACCUCGGCAGCGCCUCCGUCCGCGGUCUCGGCCAGGGUACUGUAGGGAGAUCGUGAUGGUUCCUCUUUCGCCUCCGUGAUGCUCCGACGGAUUGUGGUCGCGGAUGACUACAACGCCGACGAGGGCUGCCACGAGGAAGAGGAGGAUCCGAGCGAACUAUCUCCAUGGCGGCGGCGGCGACAACGAAGGUGGUGGAGGCCGCAGUUGCAACUGCAAACGCCGCCGCGAUGUGAAGAAGAGGAAGGAGGAGGGAGGCGCCUCCUGUUGAUGUUGAUUUAGGGAAUUAGUGUUUGGAUUUGGGGCUUUGGGGAUAAUAAAGGAAUUUUCUUAUUUUUUAUUUUAAUUAAAUUAUAAAAUUAAAAUAAUAUUAUUUACUGCCGUGGUAUGCCAUAUCAGUGGUUGUUUGCUGAGUCACUAACGGAAUAGUGUUUGACCGUCAAUAUUAACGGUCAAAGAAAAUUUUGGGUCAAAUUUGUCCAAUAGUUUCAAAAGUAGACCACAAAUGUCUUAUUUGAAAAAUUGAGCUAGAACUGUCACUUACGCCAAACUUCGGGCCAAACUAGGGUAUUAACCUUUAUAUUUCUACGACUUUAUUAUGUUACUAUUUCACCUUAAUUUGAGGGGUUUUCAUGACUUUAUGUCGAGUAGCUCGAUCAUUUUGUUCUAUUUUGAAGUGAUCAGUCUUGUGAAGGAGAUAUUCUCCACAUUAAAUGUAUGAUACGAAUAAGCAACAAGAAGCUAGAAAUUAUCGAAUUCAAUAUACAUCUAGGAUCGAAGCAAGACAUCAAAACCAUACUCAAUUCAAUCGGUACUGUAGCUUACAACUAGGGGUGUGCAACGGUUCGGUCCGAACCGGACCAAACUCAUGAGAACCGCGAUUCAUUAGUGAAAGACAUGUUAGGACCAAGGACCGGACCAUUCUUGCAUUUGGUCCAUUUGGUCCGGUUCAGUCCAGUCCAAAUAUGAGCUCGGUCCACCAUUUCUUCAGUAAUUAUAAAAUUCAUGAGGAUCAAGGACCGGACCGCAUUUUACUCGAUCUGAUCUGGUCCGGUCUUAACCAUGGUAAAGGAAACCGUACCGGACAUCAUACCGGAUUCCUUUCUGGUAUGGUAUUUUGUGGUACGACCGUGGUUCAACCGUUUUGUACCGGUAAAUACCGUUUUUCACUAUUGAUAGAGAAAUGAAAUGCGAUAGUAUAAAAAAUAUAAUCCAUAAAAAAAAGAACCAAAUAGAGCAUUAUACAACCACGGUGACCCAUUUUCAACAUAGAAAAAUAGCAAAAUAAUAUUCUUUUUAAUUAUUUUCCACAUAUUGGACGAGAAUACGGAGAAAUGAAGCUGAAUCAUAGACCAGGAAACCAGAUCAUACCGGCCGGUUCAACCGGUCAAACCGAAAAACCGGCCGGCACGGUAAAAUCAGAACAAUCAGCCCACCGUACCGCUUUUGGUCCAAUUUCUGGUUGAACCGGUUGAACCGGCCGGUACGAUCCGGUUCCCUGGUCUAUGGUCUUAACAACGGUUUGGUCCGGUGUGGUCUGGUACGGACCGGACCAUUGCACACCCCUACUUACAACUAGGGUUCCUCCAUUCAAGCAACAAUUGAGAUGGAGGAUAAACGAGAAAGGAAGUUAGGGGUCGUUUGAAAGUUAUGAUUCUAGAUGAAUGAUUCUUUUGAAUUCAUGUAUUUUGGAGAAUUCAUUGUUUUUUUUGUUCCAAAGCUUGAUUCAAUACAUGCAUUUGAGGUGGGCCAUCAAAUCUCAUAUCACUCACAAUCACCCAUUUUAAAUCUCAGGGUAAAUACAAUUUAAUAGCCAAA